AUGCACAGCUCUCAACCUUCGCCUCUCCACAGUCCGUACAGGAGCUGCAGCAAUGAGACAAGACUACCAGACCAUCCCCAGCCCAGACCAUCCCCAGACGAGACCUUCUCCAGCCCAGACCAUCCCCAGCCCAGACCACACCCAGACCAGACCAGCCCAUCCCCAGCCCAGCCCAUCCCCAGCCCAGACCAUCCCCAGACCAGACCAUCCCCAGACCAGACCAUCCCCAGACCAUCUCCAGACCAGACCAUCCCCAGCCCAGACCAUCCCCAGACCAGAUCUUCUCCAGACCACACCAUCCCCAGCCCAGACCACACCCAGACCAGCCCAUCCCCAGACCAGACCAUCCCCAGCCCAGACAACCCCCCAGACAGACCAUCCCCAGACCAGACCAGACAUCCCCAGACCAGACCAUCCCCAGCCCAGACCAUCCCCAGACCAGAUCAUCCCCAGCCCAGACCAGACCAUCCCCAGACCAUCUCCAGCCCAGACCAUCCCCAGACCAGAUCAUCCCCAGCCCAGACCAGACCAUCCCCAGACAAUCUCCAGACCAGACCAUCCCCAGACCAGACCAUCCCAGACCAGACCUUCUCCAGCCCACCAUCCCCAGCCCAGACCACACCCAGACCAGACCAGCUCAUCCCCAGCCCAGACCAUCCCCAGCCCAUCCCCAGACCAGACAACCCCCAGACCAGACCAUCCCCAGACCAGAUCUUCUCCAGACCAGACAACCCCCAGACCAGACAUCCCCAGACCAGCCCAUCCCCAGCCCAGACCAUCCCCAGACCAGACAACCCCCAGACCAGACAUCCCCAGGCCAGCCCAUCCCCCGCCCAGACCAUCCCCAGCCCAGACCAUCCCCAGACCAGACCAUCCCCAGACCAGACCAGACCAUCCCCAGACCAGACCAUCCCCAGACCAUCUCCCAGACCAGACCAUCCCCAGACCAGAUCUUCCCAGACCAGACCACCCCAGCCCAGACCAUCCCCCAGAUCUUCUCCAGACCAUCCCCAGCCCAGACCAUCCCCAGACCAGAUCUUCUCCAGACCACACCAUCCCCAGCCCAGACCACACCCAGACCAGCCCAUCCCCAGCCCAUCCCCAGACCAGACCAUCCCCAGCCCAGACAACCCCCAGACCAGACCAUCCCCAGACCAGACCAGACAUCCCCAGACCAGACCAUCCCCAGCCCAGACCAUCCCCAGACCAGAUCAUCCCCAGCCCAGACCAGACCAUCCCCAGACCAUCUCCAGCCCAGACCAUCCCCAGACCAGAUCAUCCCCAGCCCAGACCAGACCAUCCCCAGACAAUCUCCAGACCAGACCAUCCCCAGACCAGACCAUCCCAGACCAGACCUUCUCCAGCCCACACCAUCCCCAGCCCAGACCACACCCAGACCAGACCAGCCCAUCCCCAGCCCAGACCAUCCCCAGCCCAUCCCCAGACCAGACAACCCCAGACCAGACCAUCCCCAGACCAGAUCUUCUCCAGACCAGACAACCCCAGACCAGACAUCCCCAGACCAGCCCAUCCCCAGCCCAGACCAUCCCCAGACCAGACAACCCCAGACCAGACAUCCCCAGGCCAGCCCAUCCCCCCGCCCAGACCAUCCCCAGCCCAGACCAUCCCCAGACCAGACCAUCCCCAGACCAGACCAGACCAUCCCCAGACCAGACCAUCCCCAGACCAUCUCCAGACCAGACCAUCCCCAGAUCAGAUCUUCUCCAGACCAGACCACCCCAGCCCAGACCAUCCCCGGACCAGAUCUUCUCCAUACCAGACCAUCCCCAGCCCAGACCACACCCAGACCAGCCCAUCCCCAGACCAGACCAUCCCCAGACCAUCUCCAGACCAGACCAUCCCCAGACCAGCCCAUCCCCAGACCAUCCCCAGACCAGACCAUCCCCAGACCAUCUCCAGACCAGACCAUCCCCAGCCCAGACCAUCCCCAGACCAGACCAUCUCCAGACCAGACCAUCCCCAGCCCAGACCAUCCCCAGCCCAGACCACACCCAGACCAGCCCAUCUCCAGACCAGACCAUCCCCAGCCCAGACUAUCCCCAGCCCAGACCAACCCCAGCCCAGACAACCCCCAGACCAGACCAGCCCAUCCCCAGCCCAGACCAGAUCAUCCCCAGCCCAGACCUUCCCCAGACCAAACCAGCCCCACUCCACUUCUCUCUCUUCUCCUCUCCUUUGCACUUCACUGUGGCCCUCCACUCCAGGCCCAGCCAAAGCCCAGACCAUCCUCUACUCUGUGGCCCUGCCCUACCAUCAGCCCAGCCACUCUCCAUCACUUCAUCUCCACUCUACUGUGGCCCGCCAUCCCUCCAUCCCACCAUCCCUCCAUCCCUCCAUCCCUCCAGCCCAGACCAUCCUCUCCACUGUGGCCCUGCCCUCCAGUCCCCGGGUCAGCGGACACUCUGA